AUGGCACGAGGAGAAGGCGCGGAGCAAUACGCUGCAACUUUACUGACGGUUAAACCUAUAAAUACGGAUAUAAAGAUAGUAAAGACUCCAAAAGCACGCAGGAAGGGUCUGUCUGUGUGGAAUAAACUCUGCUAUGCCUUUGGAGGAGCUCCUUAUCAGAUUACAGGCAGCGCUCUGGGCUUCUUCCUCCAGAUUUACCUUCUCGAUGUCGCACAGCUGGAUCCCUUCUAUGCCUCCAUCAUCCUGUUCGUGGGCAGGGCAUGGGAUGCUGUCACGGACCCAACGGUGGGCUUCCUGGUGAGCCGGAGCAGAUGGACUCGCUUCGGACGCAUGAUGCCCUGGAUCCUUUUCUCCACUCCGUUCGCAGUACUAACGUACUUCCUGAUCUGGUACGUGCCUUCGUUUGAGGAAGGGAAGGUCAUCUGGUACCUGGUCUUUUACUGCCUCUUCCAGUCAAUGCAGACGUGCUUCCAUGUGCCAUAUUCAGCCCUCACCAUGUUUAUCAGCAGCAACCAGAAAGAGCGCGACUCUGCCACCGCCUACCGCAUGAUGGUGGAGGUGCUGGGAACCGUUCUGGGCACUGCGAUCCAGGGUCAGAUAGUUGGUGGCGUCUCCAGUUGUCCCGCUGAGCUCAACAACACCAACAGCUCAAACUCCACAGCCGACACAGCCAGAGUUUCACUGGAAGAGACGAAACGAGCGUACAUGGUUGCUUCAGGGGUCAUCUGCAUCAUCUACGUCUUGUGUGCUCUAAUUGUGUUUUUUGGCGUGAAGGAGCAAAAAGAGAGCAUGCGGAAAACCUCCGAGCCGCUCACCUUCCGCCAGGGCAUGUUGUUAAUCCUGAGUCACGGACCGUACAUCAAACUGCUCGUGGGGUUUCUCUUCACAUCCCUGGGCUUCAUGUUAUUGGAGGGAAACUUUGCUCUCUUCAUCACCUACGCUCUGGGCCACAGGGAGGACUUCCAGAAUAUCCUUCUGGUCAUCAUGCUGUCCGGGACGCUCACCAUCCCGUGGUGGCAGUGGUUUCUGACUCGCUUUGGGAAGAAGAUGGCAACUUACUGUGGCACCUUGUGGGCAAUGCCCUUCAUGAUCCUGAUCGUCUCCGUCAAGAGCAACCUGAUCAUUUCCUACAUGGUCUCAGUGGCAGCAGGUGUGAGUGUGGCAGCAGCUUUCCUCCUGCCUUGGUCGAUGCUCCCCGACGCAGUGGACGACUUCAAAGUUAAAAACCCGGACAUCUACGGUCACGAAGCGCUCUUCUACUCGUUCUACGUGUUCUUCACCAAGUUCGCCUCUGGGCUGUCCCUGGGUAUUUCCACUCUCAGUUUAAAAUUUGCUGGGUAUGCGACUGGCGAAUGCUCCCAACCUGAGGCGGUCAGUUCAACCUUGAAGGUUCUGGUCUCUCCUGUGCCCAUAGUCCUGAUCGCUGUGGGGCUCUUGGUUCUGAGGACCUACCCCAUAGACGAAGAAAGGAGACAGGGCAACCGCAAACAGCUGCAGGAAAUGUUAGAUUCUGAGUCUGAAACCUCAGAAUCCUCAGAUUUUGGAAGCAGUGUAUAGCAGCUGCCUUGCAUGACCAACACAGCUCCCAUCAGCAUCAUCAUCGAGCUACAGCCGGUUUUGGCGCCCUCUAGUGGCCGAUCUGCGUUUUUGAAGUAUUUUCUGUUGCCUUUACAACCAGCUGUGUGCUAAUUAAUCUGUGAAAAACAAGCAACAUGUGAAUUAACAGCUCAGAAUUGUGUCCGAGU